GGUCCCGGACGUCAGCGGGGCGGGGCGGCGGCGGCGCCGAGCGGUGCGGAGCGGGCGCGGCACGGGAACCAAGAUGCCCCCCCCGCUGCCCGCCUCCAUCGACAUCCGGGAGCCCCGCUGGGACCAGGGCACCUUCCAGGGCCGCGCCAGGCACUUCUUCGCCGUCACCGACCCCCGCAACCUGCUGCUCUCGGGGGCCAAACUGGAGGAGGCUCGCCGCCUGGUGCACGACUACCGGGCCGGCACCGUGCCCCCGGGGCUGACCGAAGAGCAGCUGUGGCGGGCCAAGUACGUCUACGACUCGGCCUUCCACCCCGACACGGGCGAGAAGAUGCUCCUCAUCGGGCGCAUGUCGGCCCAGGUGCCCAUGAACAUGACCAUCACCGGCUGCAUGCUGACCUUCUACAGGACCACGCCGGCCGUGGUUUUCUGGCAGUGGGUGAAUCAGUCCUUCAACGCCAUCGUCAACUACACCAACCGCAGCGGGGACGCCCCCAUCGCCCCCAGCCAGCUGGGGACGGCCUACGUGAGCGCGACCACCGGGGCGGUGGUCACGGCGUUGGGGCUCAAGUCUCUCACCAAGCACCUGCCAGCCAUCAUCGGCCGCUACGUGCCUUUCGUGGCCGUGGCCGCUGCCAACUGCAUCAACAUCCCGCUGAUGAGACAGAGGGAGCUGAAGCUGGGCAUCCCCAUCACGGACGAGAACGGGAACCGCCUGGGCGAGUCCGUGGCCGCGGCGCAGAAGGCCAUCUUCCAGGUGGUGGUGUCCCGCAUCGGCAUGGCGGCCCCGGCCAUGGCUAUCCCCCCAGUGAUCAUGAACGCCCUGGAGAAGAGAGCCUUCCUGAAGCGGUACCCGUACCUCAACGCUCCCCUGCAGGUCGGCCUGGUGGGACUCUGGUAA